CACACUUUAGACUUUACUUCAGAAACAAGGCAGGCUAUAAAUGAAAGAUCCAUCCAUCAACCACUACUCUUCAGUAGUUGCCUCCUUUGCCCCAAAGUCCAGCACACACAGUCGUCUUUGCCUCCCGCUUUGGGAUGAAAAGGCAAGAACUAACAGUGCCGCUGCCACCGCCACCACCACCACCACCACCACCACCGCAUGGAACUGGAGGUGGAGACGAAGAUGGCUCCGACAUCAUCUUGAUCCUCAGAACGGAGCUUGAAGCUUCUCUACAAAGGAAUGACUCCCUGGAGAAAGAUAACCUGGAAUUGAGGAAAGAAGUGGCACGCCUGAAAUCACAGAUAAGCGCUCUCAGAGCACAUGACAAUGAGAGGAAAUCCCUUCUCUGGAAGAAGAUACACAGCUCCAUCGACACUGAGAAUGCCCUCCUCCUCGCAUCUCAGGCUCAGCAGAAGCCAUCUCCUCCUCCUGCUAAUGCAUUCGAUCAACAUCAUCUAAGAAUAGAGACGGACAACUUGUGUUUAAAAUCGAAGCUGGAUUUUGUGCCCGGAAAAGAAAGAGCAGACAGAGUACCCAAGCCGCCACCGAAGCCGAUUGCUUUUCCGUCUAAUUCCCUCAAGGAAAUGAACGGAAAGAAGAUGCCGCCUGCACCCGCACCCCCACCGCCCCCACCACCAUCAAAGUCGUCAGUCGGGACCAGGGCAGUGCGCCGAGUGCCUGAAGUUGUGGAGUUGUACCGUUCCCUUACCAGGAAAGACGCGUGCACCGACAACAAAUCGAACCCAGCAGGGGCUCCAGCAGUUAUAUUCAACAGGAAUAUGAUCGGGGAAAUCGAAAAUCGAUCCACCUAUCUUUCGGCUAUCAAAUCAGAAGUUGAGAGGCAAGGUCAGUUUAUCAAUUUCUUAAUCAAAGAAGUGGAUUCUGCAGCCUUCAAAGACAUUUCCGACGUGGAGACAUUUGUGAAAUGGCUGGAUGAGGAGCUCUCAUCCUUGGUGGAUGAAAGGGCGGUGCUGAAGCAUUUCCCACAGUGGCCAGAGCGGAAAGCGGACGCGAUGAGGGAAGCAGCUUUCAGCUACCGAGACCUCAGAAAUCUUGAUUCUGAAGUGACAUCGUUCAGGGACAACCCGAAGGAACCUUUGACGAGUGCAUUAAGACGGAUGCAAGCACUGCAAGACAGGUUGGAAGGGAGCAUCAAUAACAUGGAGCGUGUGAGGGACAGCACGAGUAAGAGGUACAGAGAGUUCCAGAUCCCUUGGCAAUGGAUGCAGGAUACAGGACUAGUUGGUCAGAUGAAACUAAGCUCAUUGAGACUGGGGAAAGAGUACAUGAAAAGGGUAGCAAGAGAACUGCGUGGGGAAAGUAAUACUAAUGGUUGCUCUUGCUCAUCAGUAGAAGGCAACCUCAACCUACUGCUCCAAGGAGUUCGAUUUGCGUACCGAGUACACCAGUUCGCAGGAGGCUUUGAUGAAGAGACAAUCCAGGCAUUUGAAGAACUAAAAAAAUUCAAAUAAGGAGAAAGGGAUGGAGGGAUCAAUUAAUUAAUUGAAUUUUUGUAACCACUAGUACAGAACGUACUUAAUUGGCCGCCCGAUCGAGCCAAAUAUAUUGAUAUGGAAGCUGCAGUGCAGGGGCUAUUCUAUUAACUAGAGUAUUAUUUCGCGCGAUCCCAUGAA